GAGAGAGAGAGAGAGAGAGAGAGAGAGAGAGAGAGAGAGAGAGAGAGAGAGAGAGAUGUCACAGAAGAAGAUUUUCCUAGUUUUGGUGGCCAUCAGCACAGUCAGUCUGCUUCUCCACCUCGGAGGCCGUCUUAGCUGGACCAUGGAGGCCUUCACCCAGGGAUGCUCCUCGUUGCCUCUCGUCCCGUGGCGCCUCUCCUCCUCCGCGGCCGGCAUCAGCGUCGCCAUGGGGACGGGCAAGCCCAAGCACACCAGCGUGGCAUUCCUGAAGACGCACAAGACGGCAAGCAGCACGGUCCAGAACAUCCUCUUCCGCUUCGCCGAGCAGCACAACCUCACGGUGGCGCUGCCUGUCCCGGCCUGCGGGCACCAGUUCUGCUACCCGCACCCGUUCAGCAGCCACUUCGUGCACCCGCACACCACGCCGCCGGACGUGCUCACCAGCCACACGCGGCUCAACGUGGGCGAGAUGCGGCGGCUCAUGCCCAACGGCACGCUCUACGUCACCAUCCUCCGCGAGCCGGCGGCCAUGUUCGAGUCGCUCUUCAGCUACUACAACCAGCACUGCCUGAGCUUCCGGCGCGUGGCCAACGGCUCGCUCGACGAGUUCCUCCGCCAGCCGCAGCUCUACUACCGCGCCGAGGAGAAGGACUCCAUGUACGCCCGCAACACGGUGACCUUCGACCUGGGCGGCGACAAGGACCGCACGCCGGGCGACGCCGAGUACGCGCGGAGCUUCGCCGCCCGCACGGAGGACGUCUUCUCCCUGGUGAUGAUCGCCGAACACUUCGACGAGUCACUGGUGCUGCUGCGGCGCCUGCUCCACUGGGAGCCCGAGGACGUGCUCUACCUGAAGCUGAACAUGCGCACCGAGGAGUCGCGCCUCCGCCUGCAGGGGGCGCUGCCCGCCCAGAUCCGCGCCUGGAACUGGCUGGACGCGGCGCUCUACGACCACUUCAACGCCUCGCUGUGGCGGCAGCUGGAGCGGCUGGGCCUGGCCUGCGUGGAGCGCGAGGUGCGGCUGAUGCGCAAGGCGCGCGACUGGCUGGUGCGCGAGUGCUUCGGGGAGGCCACGCCGCUGCUCCGCUCCGCCGCACAGAUACGCAACAAGGACCUGCGCCCGUGGCAGCCCAGCAGCAAGGUGGCCAUCGUGGGCUACGACCUGCCCGUCAACGGCUCCGGGCCCACGUGGGGGGGCUCUGGGGGGCAGGGAGGAGGGACGGGGGGCGGUGCAGGAGGAAGAGGAGGAGGAGGGGGACUAACGAAAGACACGUGCAUGAAGAUGGUGAUGCCGGAGGUGCAGUACUCACGGCUGUUGCUACGGUCACAGAUGAUAAGAUACCGACAGGCACACCCACACCCAUCACCCCACUGACGCCACACACCCCCCCCAGCCCCCAGCCCAAGAUAGUUGCAAAUAAAUAAGUAAAUAACAACAAAAAUAGAAAAACAGAGACAUCUUGUGAAAGCCUCGAAGGGAGGGACAGACCUCUACUAGAAGGACAGGGGCCCGCUCUGGUGGACCAAGCCCUAAUCCAGGUCUCGACGAUUACCCAGAAUUGACCAGGAGCUCCUCCAGCAGCUGUGUGGUGAUUGGCUGCCUCAGGGUACCUCAUCAGACACUGGAGGAGGUUGCGUCAAAAUCAAAAUGGCCGAUCCUCCCCAA